AUGUCGGGAGCACCCCAACACUCCUUAUCCUCUCUAACCCACCUCCGCCAUCUCUCCACCAGCGCUGCCGCCACCUCCACCACCACCACCUGGUAUGCGCCACCAAAAUCCCUCCGCCAACCUCAAAUUCAGGGUUCAUCAGACCCAAUUCUCACAACUCUCUCAGAAGCCAUAAUAAACUCCCCAAAAAAACCUCUUCAAACCUCACUCAAAACCCUCCUCCCUUUUCUUAAACCCCAGGACAUCAUAAACCUCAUAAACACCAAUCCUCAUUCCAUUUCCCCUGAUUCCAUCUACUCUUUCUUCACAUGGCUCUCUUCUCCCUCACACCCCACCCCCUAUCGCCACACCCUUUUCUCCUAUUGCACGAUGGUCCACUUCCUCUGCAGCCACAAAAUGCUCCCAUAUGUUCACAACCUUGUCAACACUAUUGUUUCAAGAAAAGGCAAAAAUUCGGCUUUCUCAGUUUUUUCAGCAAUUCUCAAGACCAAAGGUAGCCAAAGAUCCAAUCUUUAUGUGAUUCUUAACAGUUUGAUCAUUGCUUACUUGAAAUUAGGCCUUUUUGACGAUGCAAUGCAGUGUUAUAGAUUGAUUAAGAAGCAUCAACUUCAUAUCCCUUUUGAGGCUUGUUUGAGAAUUCUUAAUCAUUUUAUGAAGUUAAAGUCUCCAGCUUUGGCUUGGGACUUUUAUAAGGAAAUUUUGGAAGCUCGGUUUCCACCAGAUUUGUUCUGUUUUAAUAUUUUGAUGAACAAAUUUUGUAAAAUAGGUGAAAUAAGGGAAGCCCAGUUGGUUUUUGAUGAAAUUGGGAAAAGGGGUCUGAAGCCUAGUUUAGUUAGUUUUAAUACUUUGAUUAAUGGGUACUGUAGGUUGGGUAGUUUGAAUGAGGGGCUCAGGUUGAAGAGAGUAAUGGAGGAGAGUGGAAUAUUGGCUGAUGUUUAUACUUAUAGUGUUUUGAUCAAUACAUUGUGUAGGGAGAGUGAGAUAGAUGGUGCAAAUGAGUUGUUUGGUGAGAUGUGUGGGAAAGGUUUAAUUCCGAAUCAUGUUACUUACACUACAUUGAUAAAGGGUUAUUGCAAGAAUGGAAGGAUUGGAUUGGCAAUGGAAGGUUAUCAGAAAAUGUUAAGUGAUGGAGUGCAACCUGAUUUAAUCACUUAUAACACGCUUGUUGAUGGGCUGUGCAAGACUGGAGAUGUGGGCAAAGCGAGGGGUCUUGUUGAAGAGAUGACACGAAAAGGUUUGAAGCCGGAUAAAGUUACAUAUACGAGUCUCAUUGAUGGAUUAUGUAAAGGGGGUGAUUUGGAAGCAGCAUUAGAAAUUAGGAAUGUCAUGGUAAGUGAAGCAAUUCAGCUUGAUGAUAUUGCCUAUACAGCUCUUAUUUCUGGCCUUUGUAGAGAACGGCUUAUCAAUGAUGCAGAAAUUAUGUUGAGGGAAAUGUUAAAUGUUGGUUUGAAGCCUGAUGAUGCUACGUUUACUAUGGUCAUGGAUGGAUUUUGUAAGAAGGGAGAUGUUAAGAAAGGUUUCAAGUUGCUGAAAGUGAUGCAGAGUGAUGGACAUAUACCUGGUAUUAUAAUUUACAAUGUGCUAAUGAAUGGUUUGUGCAAGCUGGGACAGAUGAAGAAUGCUGACAUGCUCUUGCAUGCAAUGCUCAAUCUAGGAGUUGCUCCGGAUGACAUUACUUUUAACAUCCUAUUGGAUGGGCAUUGCAAGUAUGGCAACCCUGACAAUUAUGAGAAACUACGUAGUGAGAAAGGGCUUAUUCUUGACUAUGGCUCUUAUUCUUCACUGAUUGCCAGUUUAAGUAAAACCUCAAAACGAUACAAUAGAUGAUCAAGCGCCGCAUUGUGCUCAUCCCAAAGGAAUAUCUGGAUAUCAAAACUCAAGGACUUUUUUUACAAUAGCCUCAGACUGGAUGAAAUGUGUUGUAUAGGUGGAGAAAACUGGGUAUUCCUAGCAAACAGCCUAAACAGCUUCAAGAUAUCUAUUCCUGGGCGGGCGGACCUUUUCCGAGUUGUAUAUGUGGUUACAUUUUCUUGAGGUGGAAAAUGCAUGCUAGGUAGCUAUAUCUAGGCUUCUGAUAAUUCAUGGGUGUGGAAAUUGCACGGGUUUGCUCAAGAUGCAGUUCUGCCGAAAUUGAGAAGGAUAGUAGAUUUAAAAAGGCUCUGUCAAUUCACUCGGUUCUCAUCCCUCACAAACAGCCUCAUGGAAGUGAGAGUAUUGCUGCUUCAUUAUUGGUGCAUUGUAGAAUCUGAUUGUCUAAUGGGAUUGGAACGUCUGUUGGGUGUGGAAGCAACACCUUGAGUUUCUCCGGGCAGGAGGCUUGAGAACAGUGCUGAAAGGCUAUGUCCAAACAGAUGGGACAACUAAGCUGAUGCAAUUUAUGGAUUUGAAGAAUUGAAUAGGUACACUUAAUAUUGCAAAUUUGGCUUGAUCUCAUAGAAGAACGACUUCUGGGAUGAUGUUAAUAUUAAAUUAACUAGAAGGAUCUGAGAAUACAGGGCUGUUAACCUAUGUUAAAGAGAUGUCCAAAGAGCAAUGUAACAAGAAAUUCUACCAACUAAAGGUCCAAAUGAUGUUUUCAUUAA